AAAAAAAUAGUCAAAUAAACUCUUCAAUAUUGAGCAUAAAGAGAGCUAAUGGGCAAAGCACCGAUCAAGAGAAAUCCCGAUACUUCAACUGUAGAAACAUCAGCCAAUCCUUCAGAGAAUGCAGGUAUUGUCAUUUCUGCAUUUGAUGAAAGCACAACUGCAGAUCACUUUGCUUUAAUCUCUAUGGCUAUGGAUCGACACCGUCUGCGUAUUUUUAAUGUUCGUUCAGGCACUGUGAGCAACGAUUAUAGCGCAAAAGAGAAAGAAAGAGUAACAUGCUUAUCAUGGGGAUACAUUAAAGAUAAUAGUGAUUUACAAGCAAGCACUGUGCAAGCAUUCAAAAAGAAGAAGAGUGGUGCAGCACCUUUAUCUAAAGUGAUUGCUUUAGGUAUGCAAUCUGGCUCAAUUUCUAUAUACUCGCUUAGCCACGGUAUUGUGAUAAAGAAACUGGAAAAUGCGCAUACAACACCUAUAUCUGAUUUUGUCAUGACAAAGGAUGGAUCGAGAGGAUACUCAGUUGCUGAGGAUAAUUACAUUAUAGAAUGGGACAUUGAAGAAGAAAAAGAGCUCUUGUAGGUUCAUAAUCGACAUAAACAAACACGUACUUAUCAUAUAUUUAGUAAAUGGAAAGCAGACGCAAAGA